AUGCAGCACCCCAAGCCCUUCUACGGAGCUGUGGGUCCCCAGGACAGUGACGGCCCCGGGGGUCCCUGCGGCCAGCCCGCGCCCGCCUGCCCGGAGCCCCUUCCCGCUGUGGGGUCCCUGGCGCCGUGCCACCCCCCAAACCCGGACAAAGAGACCUUCCCCGCGCCCCCGGCAGGCUUCCAGAUGGCACCCUGCGGCUGCUUCUUCGACCCACGCAUCUACCGCAUCGAGUGGGUCAGCUCGGACUUCGGCCAGUCCACCCUGUACAAGCUGGCCGGGGCGCCCCCCACGCCGGGCCCCUACCUCGUGGAGCCCCCGCACUUCCUCCAGGCCCCGGACCCGGGCCCGCCCUACCCGCCCUACCCGCCGCCCCCCGGGGCCCCCCAGUACCUCCUGCCCUACUUUGCGCCCGAGGGCGCCGGCCCCGAGGCCCUGAACUUGGCGGGUGAGGGGGCACCCCGGCCGCCAACCCCUGCCCAGGCAGGCCCGCCGCCCCCCGCGCCGCCCCCGGUGCCCACCGACCCCCCGCGGGCCCCCGGCGCCUCGGGCCAGCUGCAGGGCUCGGAGACCCCCGGGGCGCCGCGACCCCCGCUGGCCCUGCCCGAGAAGGUGCUGCUGGAGGACGCGAUGAAGCUGUUCGACUGCUGGCCGGCCCCCGAGGCCGAGGGGCGACCCCCCACGCAGCCCCCCAGGCCCAGCCUGCCCGACCCGCCCGGCGGCGGUGACAUCCGUGCGCUGCACCUGCCUGACGAGCUGCUGGACGUGGACUACAGCGUGCCCGAGCUGCUGGACACCGUGUCCUUCACCGACUACUUCUUCAACUUCAAGGCCCUGGAGGAGGAGGACGCCCCCGGCCCAGCGCCGCCGCCGCCGCCGCCGCCGCCCGCGCCGCCCCCCGGCAGGAAGAAGGGGGCCGCCCCAACCCCCAGGAAGGGCCGGCAGGGCGCUAGGGGCAGGCAGGGGGCUGCGCCCCAUUAA